GCUCAGGAUGUCCCUGCCCCGAAGGUCGCGGAUCGGCUCGUCCGUUGGACCUGUUCGUCCUUCUUCGGGCUACAAGAAGGCGGAGGAUGAGAUGUCCCGGGCCACGUCUGUUGGAGACCAGCUGGAUGCACCAGCCCGCACCAUUUACCUCAACCAGCCGCAUCUCAACAAAUUCCGUGACAACCAGAUCAGUACGGCCAAGUACAGCGUGUUGACGUUUCUACCUCGAUUCUUGUAUGAGCAGAUUAGAAGAGCUGCUAACGCCUUCUUCCUCUUCAUUGCCUUAUUACAGCAAAUUCCAGAUGUAUCUCCAACAGGAAGAUAUACCACCCUGGUGCCAUUGAUCAUUAUUUUAACAAUCGCAGGCAUCAAAGAGAUUGUAGAAGAUUUUAAGCGGCAUAAGGCAGACAAUGCAGUUAACAAAAAGAAAACGAUAGUGUUAAGGAAUGGUAUGUGGCAUACCGUUAUGUGGAAAGAGGUGGCGGUGGGAGACAUUGUGAAGGUCGUCAAUGGGCAGUAUCUUCCAGCAGACAUGGUCCUGCUAUCCUCCAGUGAACCUCAGGCGAUGUGUUACGUUGAAACAGCUAAUCUGGACGGGGAGACGAACCUUAAAAUUCGUCAGGGUUUGAGUCACACUGCUGACAUGCAAACAAGGGAAGUAUUGAUGAAGUUAUCUGGAACCAUAGAAUGUGAGGGACCCAAUCGCCACCUCUAUGACUUCACUGGAAACUUGCACGUAGAUGGGAAAAGCCCUGUUCCCCUUGGGCCCGACCAGAUCUUAUUAAGAGGUACACAGCUUAGAAACACUCAGUGGGUCUUUGGCAUAGUUGUUUAUACUGGACACGACACCAAACUCAUGCAGAAUUCCACAAAAGCACCUCUCAAAAGAUCGAAUGUUGAGAAAGUGACCAAUGUGCAGAUCCUGGUGUUGUUUGGCAUCCUCUUGGUCAUGGCCUUGGUGAGCUCGGUGGGGGCCCUGUACUGGAAUGGGUCUCAAGGUGGAAAGAACUGGUACAUCAAGAAGAUGGACACGACCUCGGAUAAUUUCGGCUAUAACCUGUUGACGUUCAUCAUCUUGUACAACAAUCUGAUUCCCAUCAGUCUGUUGGUGACUCUCGAGGUUGUGAAAUACACUCAAGCCCUUUUUAUAAACUGGGACACAGAUAUGUAUUAUCUAGGAAAUGACACCCCUGCGAUGGCCAGGACCUCAAACCUCAAUGAAGAGCUGGGGCAGGUGAAAUACCUAUUUUCUGAUAAAACUGGAACUCUUACAUGCAAUAUCAUGAACUUCAAGAAGUGCAGCAUUGCUGGGGUAACCUAUGGUCAUUUUCCGGAAUUGACAAGAGAACCAUCCUCAGAUGAUUUUUGCCGGAUACCUCCUCCCCCUAGUGACUCAUGUGACUUUGAUGAUCCUAGGCUCUUGAAGAACAUUGAAGAUCAUCAUCCCACAGCUCCGUGCAUACAGGAGUUCCUCACCCUUCUGGCCGUGUGCCACACCGUCGUCCCUGAGAAGGAUGGAGAUAACAUCAUCUACCAGGCUUCCUCCCCAGAUGAAGCCGCUUUGGUGAAGGGAGCUAGGAAGCUGGGUUUUGUCUUCACCGCCAGAACGCCGUACUCGGUCAUCAUAGAAGCCAUGGGACAGGAACAGACAUUUGGAAUCCUUAACGUCCUGGAAUUUUCUAGUGACAGAAAAAGAAUGUCUGUAAUUGUUCGAACUCCUUCAGGCCAGCUUCGACUCUACUGUAAGGGGGCUGAUAAUGUGAUUUUUGAGAGGCUUUCAAAAGACUCAAAAUACAUGGAAGAAACCCUGUGCCAUCUGGAAUAUUUUGCCACGGAAGGCUUGAGGACUCUCUGUGUGGCUUAUGCUGACCUCUCUGAGCAGGAGUAUGAGGAGUGGCUUAAAGUCUAUCGAGAAGCCAGCACCAUCUUGAAAGACAGAGCUCAGCGGUUGGAAGAGUGCUAUGAGAUCAUAGAGAAGAAUUUACUGUUACUUGGAGCCACAGCCAUAGAAGAUCGCCUUCAGGCAGGUGUUCCAGAAACCAUAGCGACUCUAUUGAAGGCAGAGAUUAAAAUAUGGGUGUUGACAGGAGACAAACAAGAAACUGCAAUUAAUAUAGGAUAUUCCUGCCGGUUGGUGUCACAGAAUAUGGCCCUUAUCCUAUUGAAGGAGGAUUCCCUGGAUGCAACAAGGGCAGCCAUUACGCAGCAUUGCACCGACCUUGGGAAUCUGUUGGGCAAGGAGAACGAUGUGGCCCUCAUCAUCGAUGGCCACACCCUGAAGUAUGCACUGUCCUUUGAAGUCAGGAGAAGCUUCCUGGAUUUGGCGCUUUCGUGUAAGGCGGUCAUAUGCUGCAGAGUGUCUCCUCUGCAGAAGUCUGAGAUAGUGGACGUGGUUAAGAAGCGGGUAAAGGCCAUUACCCUUGCCAUCGGGGACGGUGCCAACGACGUUGGGAUGAUCCAGACCGCUCACGUGGGUGUAGGGAUCAGCGGGAAUGAAGGCAUGCAGGCGACCAACAACUCGGAUUAUGCCAUCGCACAGUUUUCCUACUUGGAGAAGCUCCUGUUGGUUCACGGCGCCUGGAGCUACAACCGCGUGACCAAGUGCAUACUGUACUGCUUCUACAAGAACGUGGUCCUCUACAUUAUCGAGCUUUGGUUCGCCUUUGUUAAUGGAUUUUCUGGGCAGAUUUUAUUUGAACGCUGGUGCAUCGGCUUGUACAAUGUGAUUUUCACAGCGUUGCCACCCUUCACCCUGGGAAUCUUCGAGAGGUCUUGCACCCAGGAGAGCAUGCUCAGGUUCCCACAGCUCUACAAGAUCACCCAGAACGCGGAAGGCUUCAACACAAAGGUUUUCUGGGGUCACUGCAUCAACGCCUUGGUCCACUCCCUCAUCCUCUUCUGGUUUCCCAUGAAGGCGCUGGAGCACGAUACUCCGUUGGCCAGUGGCCAGGCCACAGACUAUUUAUUUGUUGGAAAUAUUGUUUACACGUAUGUUGUUGUCACUGUGUGUCUGAAAGCUGGUUUGGAGACCACAGCUUGGACUAAAUUCAGUCAUCUGGCUGUCUGGGGAAGCAUGCUGAUCUGGCUGGUGUUUUUUGGCGUCUACUCAACCAUCUGGCCCACCAUUCCCAUUGCUCCAGAUAUGAAAGGACAGGCAACCAUGGUCCUGAGCUCUGCACACUUCUGGUUGGGAUUAUUUCUGGUUCCCACGGCGUGUUUGAUCGAAGAUGUGGCGUGGAGAGCGGCCAAGCAUACCUGCAAGAAAACGUUGCUGGAGGAGGUGCAGGAGCUGGAAACGAAGGCCAGAGUGAUGGGGAAAGCGAUGCUUCGGGACAGUAAUGGGAAGAGGAUGAAUGAACGUGACCGCCUACUGAGGAGGCUCAGCAGGAAGACGCCCCCCACACUCUUCCGAGGAGGCUCCGUCCAGCAGUGUGUCCCCCAUGGGUACGCCUUCUCUCAAGAGGAGCAUGGAGCUGUCACUCAGGAAGAAAUCGUCCGUGCUUACGACACCACCAAGAAGAAAUGCAGGAAGAAAUAAGACGUGAGUUGUCCUGAUGGGUCCCAGGAAAGAGACGUGGUUUGUCGCGCCCGGUGUGAACCCAUCUCUGCCCGAAGAGACUGGUGUCAGCAGCCAGAACACCAUAAAACACAUUUCCGUGGCCUUAGCCAACCGGUUUGUUAGUCGCACAGUCCCUCGCAAACCUGCAGUAGAUCCCGCGGGGGAGGCCGUCUCUUCCCCUUCCCGUGUGUCCGCAGCGCUUGGCCUAACUUCCGUUCCCGUUGCUGCGAAGCAUUCGGCUGUGCUCUGUGAGCCGUGAAACUGAAAGCGUUACGUUUCAUUUAAACAUCAGUGCUAGCGGUCCCGGGAGAAAGGCGAGAGAGUGCCAUGCCCGUCUCGUGGAACGGGAGCGGGGGCGCGCUCGCUUCCUGUCGCGUUAACUCGCGGAAUUCGGUCCACCAGGCAGCGCGUAAACUGCAUGCGGGGCAGGCCGGCAUCUGGCUUUGAUUCCUCUUUGGUUGGUAUGACGUCGGCGUAAACUUCUCGACUGCGGUGAAAUCGCAAAAACGUCCAUCAGGGUGGUAAGCCUGAGGACGCUUAUCGUAAUGCGCUCCACGGGCCCGGCAGGGCGGCCGGGUCGGCGUUCCAGGAUUCUCCUGCACCCGUCGCAGGUGCCCCCUGUGGCCCGGCGGGCUUCCCCGUCUCCCACCUUCUGCAUGGCUGGCCGCGGUGCCCGGUGCAUGGCCGCUGGUGGGCAACCAACCGAAAUCUGCACUGUUUCUUGCUGUGGCACGGAUUCAGGUUACCGAUGCGAGAAAUCCCCUCUUCCACACCGCCCUUUCCCUCCCGUAACUCAAGAAAAGAAAACAUACCCCGCAUGUAUCCUGAGCGUCUGUCCGCCUCCUUCCGAGGACAGGGAAGCCUGCGGGGUCGGGGGUGGCAGAACGCCUCCGCCGGCCUGCUCUGGUGAGGCUCUCGGCGCUCACUCCCCAACCUCCAGGCCACUGGACCUUUGGCACCCAUUUAAGCCAGACCCACGCUUGUUCUCUUGGGAGUUGGGAGCACAUUUUGCGUUUUCGCUGCUAGGAAACCACUGAAUUUAUAGCGUGUCUCCCCGGAGAAGAGAAGCCCCUGUCACUCUGCCACUCUGAAAUCGGAGAGAAUGAGGGAAACCAGUGGGAGAGUAAGGGGCCCUGAGGCUGGUGGAGGAAGAAAGCCAUCAAAGGAGAAAGCAAGAGGCAAGGACACAGAGACGCGGGGACGAGGACGCGGGGGGACAUUUUAGCCCAGUCUCAGUGGAAACCGGAAUCCAAGCCCGGAAGCCCAGGCGGUCGUGAUGAUCUGCCUCGUGCAUACAGGAGGCUACACAAGACCUUGACAGGCAGUUUUCGUUGAAAAGAAUUCUACACCUUUCAAGGAAACGCCCUUUUCUAUAGGGAUGAGGUUUCCUUCCUUAUGGAGUCGGUGUGAUAUAGGGCACCUCCCGAAAAGUAAAGUGUCCUGGAUCUAAGGCAAGGAAGAGAAGCGCUGAGUCACUGACUUUGCAAACUGCACAAUGCCACCUUCUAAAUUUGGACGGAACUUGUGAGCCCUCAGGCAUGAAUGUCAGCACCUGGAGCCCUUAAUAAAUGGCCAGCCUGGAGGCACGUUCCUCUCCUCUCCGCUUUGGUUGCCAAACCAGAUUUUUGGAUGGCUUCACAUAAAUACUUCUGGGCAGCUGUUACUGCUUAAAAUGGCACAGUGCUUCUGGGGAUGGCUGUGCUAAAUGGGGAAAUAAAACAAUAGUGCACUUUGCUUCCUUAUCCUUUAUUUUUGGAACAUCCACAUCUUAUUGGGCAUUGUAAUAACUGAGAGUAUGAUUUGCUUUGACUAAGAAAACUAAUCCUUUACUUACGUACGGCAUGACCAGGAUUCAGAGAGGGCUUACGGGGAAGCGGAAUGCCGUGAGGCUUAGAAAAUGGCCCUUCCUUCUUCCCCAGGAUGGUAAACCAUUUUUAAAUACUAGAACACCCGGUGACAUGAAUCACCGGAGGACUGUCAUGCAGGAAUUGCGCCCCCCAGCCCACAAAAUGUGCCUGUAGUUAACACAACAGACCAAGGUAAAUGUCUUUAUUGGACACCCAGAGAGAUGAUGUCCUAAAUACACAGGAGGAAUGAAAAUUUGAAUGUGCGUUAGGCAUCCUGACUGUUUGGUUUCAUUUGGAACUAAGCCUGUCUGGAAAGGGGAACUCAAACUCAUUCUUUGUCAAAUACUUAGUUCUUUCUUUCACUUGAAGCCUUCCAAAUUAGAUUUGUAAAUUAUGGGAUGUGUGUGUGUGUGUGUGUGUGUGUGUGUGUGUGUGUUUUGUUUGGGCUUUUGGUAUUUUAUUUUUUACAUUAAAAUGCAGUUCAGAUUUUCUGAGAUUUUAGUAUAUUUUCCAGUUCUUUUGAAAAUGGGACUAAGCAGUCUUUGCAAGUAUGAGACAUGCACACAGAAGAAACCACGAGAUGGGAUACCUUUCUGUUCUCUUAUGCGGUUACGCCGUCUGGUAGCCAAAUGACUAAAUUGGGCUUCGAGGAGGAACAGCUGUCACUAUGUGCAGUGUGUAGUAUUUAGCCUCGGCCAGCUCGGGGGCUGUGUCAUUUGUCCCGUCUUCAAAAUCGAGGUCAGAGUGUCACGCACAGCCCCUCCCCAGGGAGCAGGGAGGGUGGACUGGAGCAAGUUGCAUACUCUGGCUGUCAGCUCAGUGGAGAUGCCACAUGGGACUUGUCACUCUGCCACAUGGUAAGUGACAUACAGGCCGGCAGGUCAUACUUGGUCAGCACUACGGGGCCCGUUCCUGAUUGGGCUAAAGUAGCAGCAUCCACUGAGGCCCAGCCUCGGUCUGGGGUUAUACACAGACUGCCGACUCUUAAAUUUGAGUCCACGUUCCAUUCCGGCUGACUCCGCAGAAAGAAAAGACUGGCCGUUCUAUGCACUGAGUUUUGAGUUCCACUGCACACUCGCACGGGCCAGCAAGGGAGGCUGUGGCAAGUGCACAUUAAGCGGGCAGGAUAAGAGAACAGAAUAAGCCAGCCAUUUCUGCUUGGCUGUCUGGAUUAGCACUUGGUUGCUGAUCAGAAUGGGCUUUGUCAUCAUUUGGGGAUGUGGCUGACGUGUCCAUCCUGUCUCUGCGCAAACCGUCCAGGGCUUCUCGACCAGCGUUAUGUUCUCCCAUCUGCCCAAAAUGUGAUCAUCUCGGGGGGGAAUCACAGAGCAUACAAAACCCGUGCUUUGGAGAAAGGAGGUGCUGUUGCUUUAACAUUCGCGGAGUAACAUGCUCAAACGUGAACCUGAGUUUUGGCAGAGCAUGGCUGGGAACUCUGUUGACGCUUCCUUUUCCCUGACAAGGCUUCAGGUCUUUCUUGCUGUAGGGAGCUGGCAGUGAAAAUCAGUGAUAACUUGUCAAGAAGCGGUGAAUAAUGAAAAAAAAAGUGAGUAUGAGCAACAAAUGUCUGAAAAUGCAUAUAGAUGUACAUAUGACAGGUGCUAAGACUGAAUUUUUUUAAAGAAAACUAUCGUCUGUAAUCUCCAUUUGUUACAACAAUGACCCUUUAUCUCCUUUUUUGAAGAGAAUCUUCUAUCAUAUUUCUGUUCCUAGGAGUUUCUGUCUUAGACCACAAGUUCGGUAGAAUGUUUGCAAAACUCUGCUGUAGGAUGAGGUAGCCUUUCACCUUGACCGUGUGAAGGAAGUGCACACGUUUCAGCUGGCAUCUGGAUUACUACCGAGGGCCACUGUCCCAAAGUAAUUCAAGGAGUGAUUUUGCCUCAGCAUUUGAAAUGUAGACUUCAUCUCCUGGGAUCCGUAAAAAUGGUGAACGGGGGGAAAUCUGGUUAAGCAGAACCCAAAAUAAUAACCUGGCAAAGAAAUGAGUUUGUCGGGUCAGGUUCAAGGAUGGCGUCCCCCAUCACAUUCAUUAAAUACUUUCUUCGUGCAAAUGCUUGUAUUAGCAAAUACAGUAGUGAUAGAGAUAGUGAAAAUAAAGCCCUCCCCGCUAACAAGGGAAGGCAUACCUCAGUUGGCUU